AUGAGCCCCGAGCCGGUCCCGCCGCCCCCGCGCCCCGGCGGCGACUGCGGGGAGCCGCUGGCCCAGCGCCUGGAGAGGGCCGACGAGGCCUUCCGCGCCGGCGAGUACGGGGCGGCGGCGGAGCUCCUCCGCUCCACGCUGGCGGGGCUGGCGGGGCUGGCGGGGCUGGCGCAGCCCGAGCGCGGCCUGUGCCUGCGGCUGGGGGACGCGCUGGCCCGCGCGGACCGUCUCCCCGAGGCCCUGGGCGCCUUCCGCGGCGCCGCGCGGCUCGGCGCGCUGCGGCCCGAGGAGCUGGGGGAGCUGGCGGGCGGCCUCGCGCGCGCCCUGGGCCGGCGCGAGGGGCGGCUGCGGGCGGGGCGGCCGGGCGGCGCCCCCGGGGAGGCGCGCGGGGAGGCGCGCGGGGAGGCGCGGGGGGAGCCGCGGGAGCUGCUGGGCUGCCCGCGCUGCCGGCGGCUGCUGCACAGGCCGGUGACCCUGCCGUGCGGGCUGACGGUGUGCAAGCGCUGCGUGGAGCCGGGGCCGGCGCGGCCGCCGGCGCGGCGAGUCAACGUGGUGCUGAGCGGCCUGCUGGAGAAGUGCUUCCCGGCCGAGGGCCGCGUGCGCAGGCUGGCCGGCCAGGCGCGGAGCCUGCAGCGCCAGCAGCAGCCCGACGCCGCGCUGCUCAGGUGCGACCAGGCGCUGGAGCUCGCUCCUAGAGAUAACUCGUUAUUGCUGCUGCGAGCAGAGUUAUAUUUAACUCUGAAGAAUUAUGAGCAGGCUCUACAGGAUGCCAAUGCAGUUUGUCAGAAUGAACCUCUCUUGACUAAGGGGCAUCAUGUGAAGGCUCAGGCUCUUUCUGCAUUGGGAAGAAGUAAGGAAGUGUUAAAGGAGUUUCUCUACUGCCUUGCUUUAAAUCCAGAAUGUAACUCAGUGAAGAAAGAAGUACAGAAGGUAAUGUGUGAGGUAUUUUUUCCAGCUUCAGAAAAUGUGCAUCAGAAUUUGACAUCUUCCAUCCAAAGCAGGAUAUUAAACAGCAGGUUGAAGGCUCAAUGUGCUAGCCAUGUGAACACCGAGCCUCUGGAAGAAGGGGACAGUGCAGGGAGUUCUAAGAAUCCAUCUGAGAAAUCUGAUGUGUUUAGAAAUACCAGUUCUUCAGUUUUGUAUUUUAUACUGGGUCUGCACUUUGAAGAGGAUAAAGAAGUGUUAGAGAGUAUCCUUCCAGUGGCACCCAGCACUGGUUUAAAGAGACAAUUUCCAAAUGAUUUGGAGGAUGUGCAUGACCUGAAUGGCCCUGGGAAAAUUCCCAAGAAAGAGGUGGAUUCCUCACCUCAAAGGAACAUGACCUCCAACACAGGAGAAAGUCCAGAGCUCUCCAUAGAUGUAACUGACUUCGAGUGUGCCCUUUGCAUGAGGUUGCUCUUUGAGCCUGUCACUACACCAUGUGGACAUACAUUUUGCCUGAAAUGCCUUGAGCGCUGCCUCGACCAUGCCCCUCAUUGUCCGCUGUGUAAAGAAAAACUGUCAGAGUUGUUGGCAAGCAGAAAUUUUAAUAUAACUAUUCUGGCUGAAGAGUUAAUAUUUCGAUAUUUGUCUGAUGAGCUCUCUGAUAGGAAGAGAAUUUAUGAUGAAGAAAUGACAGAACUGUCAAAUCUGACCAGAGAUGUCCCCAUCUUUGUGUGUGCCAUGGCCUUCCCUACCGUCCCGUGUCCACUUCAUGUCUUUGAGCCCCGCUAUCGGCUUAUGAUAAGAAGAUGCAUGGAAACUGGCACCAAACGGUUCGGCAUGUGUCUCUCUGCUGAGCAUGCAGGAAUUUCAGAGUAUGGCUGCAUGCUGGAGAUUAAGGAUGUCAGAACAUUUCCUGAUGGGAGUUCGGUUGUGGAUGCCAUUGGAAUAAGUCGAUUCAGAGUCCUAAGCCACCGUCACAGAGAUGGCUAUAACACAGCCGACAUUGAAUAUCUUGAAGAUGAAAAGGUGGAAGGACCAGCAUAUGAAGAACUCACCAGUCUUCACGAUUCUGUUUACCAACAGUCAGUUUCCUGGUUUACUUCCCUUCAGGAUCACAUGAAAGAACAAAUUUUAAGCCAUUUUGGGUUAAUGCCAGACAGGGAAUCUGAACCUCAGAGUAACCCUAGUGGUCCUGCAUGGUCCUGGUGGAUCCUGGCAGUGUUGCCAUUGGAGCGCAAGGCUCAGCUGGCUAUUCUUGGCAUGAUCUCACUUAAAGAGCGUCUGCUUGCCAUUCGGCGAAUAUUGGUCAUCAUCACUCGUAAGAUGAAUAGUCGGCAGGAGCUGGUUAAUAGCAGGGAGAGAAAUAAUUGAUUUUUUCUGGGAGCCCUUGUACAUUUUUGAGGAGUGCUAGGCAUGGACGAGUAGCAUCCCAUUCAUCAUGCUUUGUAAUGUGCUUGUUAAUAGGGUUACAAAAUGGAACAUUUAGCAAACAUUGACUCCUACUGAAAUGUUAAAAGUCUGUGCCUGGUGGAACCUGACUGUGUACAAGGUUAGUGUGAAGUUUGAACAGAGCCUAUGGUUGGAAAAGAACCUAAGAGAAUCUCUUUGAAGCAGAUGCUCUACUUUGUAGUUCGCUAACAGCAGGGAACACCACAGAUGGUUGAGGAGUGGUUUAGGUUUUGCAAGAAAGAAGGACUCCCUCCCCAGUAAAGUAUUUUGCUACACCAGAUGGAAACAGCAUGCUUUAGUGGCUAGACAGUAAGGGGGAAACCACAUUUUUAUCUAGAAGCAGAUUUCUCAGCGCACAGGCUAACUGAAAAUGCACUUAGGCUUUGUGUGUCACUGUGAAGUUGUCUGUGAAAUUGAGGAAUCAAACUGUUGUCCAGUGCAGGAGCCAAAAUUAGUCCUCACCCAAGAAGUAGUAGCUGCCGGAUAGAACUGUGUUUUGUGUCCUGCAGUAGUUCAGGUGUUGUACAUUGCAUGUUGUAAUCAAAUGAACGUCAGAAUACACAAAGGUGUACCUUGGAUAUAGAAAAUCUGAGAACAGUAUGGUGACUUAAGGAUACAUAUUUAUACACACUCAAUGAAGAGUGAGAGCAAAAGUUAGCUAAAACUGUACAUGCAUUGGGAUGUCAAACAUAGUCAAAUUAGUGCAAAUAAAUAAAAAUAAAAACCUCCUUGAAAGCAUAACCCUAUCUCAUUAAAUUGGUAGAUACAAAGCAUUGAGAAAAUAGCCCUCUUUCUGAUGGAUUUGCAUUGGAAAUUAGGCCCAUCAGUAAUUUGAGUUUACCAUCCACCCAGUCAUAUAUGAAGAUAUUAAAAAGCUCCUGUGGAAUGGGAAUUUAUCUAUUCCAGGAAAGCCUAACAGGACAAUAUGCAAGAAGAGGGAGAUGGUUAUGGGAUGUAAAUAUUCGGCAAGUUUUUCCUCCAUCCUCAACCUAAAAAUUGGCUUUGUGUCUUUUGAAAAGAAGUUGUAGAAGUGAUAAGACCUGGUGUUAUCUGUUAAAGAACCAUAUAAUGACAACUUCAACCUCUAACAGAUGUUGGUAGUAUUAAUUGAAAUAACCACUUGAACCUGAGAUACUGAAUUGUCCUCACUGGCCUAACCAGCUGGUGUGUUGAUUGGCUUCUUGGUAUAUGCUGUGGAUGUUCUUAACUAAAAGAUGAUGAGAACCAGACCAGGGAAUAAAUCACAGUUUUAAGUUUCGCUUUA